GUCUCCCUUUCCUUCCAAGACUCACUCUCCCUUCUUUCUUUCUUCCCUCUGUUGUUUUCCUUCCGCUCUCCUCUCCCUUUCCGCGCUUCCCUUCCCAAAUCUUUCGCUCCCACAACCCAAAGAUCGUUUCUUUUCUUCCAACCCAACCAAGAAAACAACCCCUCUCCCUCUCUCUCGCUCUCUAUAACCAUAACUCAUUUUCCUUUUCUUUUUCAUCUCCCAGUUGUGGCUGCUCUCUGCUAAGGAAAACCCAUAUGAGGAAGCUCUGUCCAAAUCUCUAUCGGGAAGAUGGGCUGGACACGGUUUUGGAGGUCCCCAUCCCAGAAGAAAUGUUCAGCUCCUCGGGGAACAACAAGAAUUACUCGUGGCAGAGUAUGAAGGCCUGGAUGACGAGGCCCAACGCCGCCGUCGCCGGCGGCGGUUAUAACAAUGACCAGAAGGCGGUAUUUGGGGAGAAGAGCACCGAGAUUCAGCUCUUGUUGGGUGUUGCUGGCGCCCCAUUAAUCCCUUUCCCUAUCAGCUCUGAUCAUCAGUUGGUUACCCGGAAUUUUAAGAACCAGCCAAUUGAGUCAUCAAUGGCGAAAUACAUUGUGCAGCAGUACGUGGCGGCGGUGGGAGGAGAAACGGCUCUAAAUUCGGUGGAGAGCAUGUGCGCAAUGGGGAAGGUGAAAAUGGCUGCCUCUGAAUUCUCUUCAGGGGAAGGCACAACGAACAACAAGGUGGUUAAGGUGAAGAAUUCGAAAAAUGGGAGUGGGGAGAUGGGCGGUUUCGUCCUGUGGCAGAAAAGGCCCGAGCUUUGGUGUUUGGAGCUGGUGGUGUCAGGCUGCAAGAUUAGUGCAGGCAGUGAUGGUAAAGUGGCUUGGAGGCAGACUCCAUGGCAUCAUUCCCAUGCUUCCAGAGGUCCCCCUAGGCCGCUCAGGCGUUUCCUUCAGGGUCUUGAUCCAAAAUCAACAGCCAACCUAUUCUCCAACUCAACUUGCAUGGGCGAAAAGGCGAUCAAUGGCGAGGACUGUUUCAUGCUGAAGCUGGAAGCAAACCCUUCAUCGCUAUUAUCAAGAAGCACCAGCAAUGUGGAGAUCAUAAGGCACACAGUAUGGGGAUACUUCAGCCAAAGAACAGGGCUUUUAGUCCAGCUAGAGGACUCCCAUCUCUUGAGAAUCAAAGCACCAGGAAACAACAGUGUGUUCUGGGAGACGACGAUGGAGUCGACAAUACAGGAUUACAGAACGAUAGAUGGGAUCAAUAUCGCUCAUGCAGGGAGGACGAAGGUGUCGUUGUUCAGGUUCGGGGAGAAUUCAGAAAGCCAUUCAAGGACAAGGAUGGAGGAAGUUUGGGAGAUUGAGGAGGUCGAUUUCAACAUCAAGGGGUUGUCAAUGGACUGUUUCCUUCCGCCUGGUGACUUGAAGAAGGACGAAGAAGAAGGGUUUGGGGUGAUGGGUAAAGGUAAUAAUGGCGAGAAACUGACUUCGAAGAUUCGAUCUGGUUCUACCAAGAUCAGUGCAUCUAAAGUAGUUGCUAUUGAUGUUGAGGUUCCUGAUAAUCUUGAAGAGAAUGAUGAUGAUGAAGAGGAAGAUUGGUGAUGAAUUGGUUUUUGUUUGGAUGGGAAGUAUGAGUUGUGUAAAUAUCGAUCAUCGCAAUCACCAUGAUGAGAUAACCCACCAAGUUUUUGUUAUCGUAGCCUUAGCAUUAAACUCUCAAUAUUUCUACAUAUAAAAGGAAAGGUCUUAGUAAUAUUUUCCUGUCUGUCCCUUUUAGUAUUUCUACCAUAUAAAGUGAGACACAAGUGUAACAUCGGCAUAAGUUCAUUGUAUAUAAAGCAUAUGGCUUGAAAGUUUGAAAUUACUCUUGUAGGGUUUUUUUUUUUGUCAAUAGAUAUAAAUCUUGUAGUUAUUUGAGUGUUGCUAAAGUAUAUAUAGUUAAAAUAAAUUGG